AUGAACGAAGAGAUAAAGUCCUUGAAGAAGAAUGCUACUUGGGAGAUAGUUGAUUUGCCAGCUGGCAAGAAACCUGUGGGAUGUAGAUGGGUUUAUACAGUGAAGUACAAGGCCGGUAGUAUUGUUGAUCAAUUCAAGGCAAUGUUGGUAGCAAAAAGGUACACUCAUACAUAUGGAAUUGAUUAG